AUGAAUGAGCAGGCUCCUACUAAUAUAGAUGAGGAUAAUAGGGUUGACUAUGAAUUUGACCAGUUCAAUGAGUUUGAUGGUGCAUUUUACAACAAUGAUCCUAUAGUAGAUUUGAACGAGGAUGGUGAUGCGGAGUUGGAAGUUCAUGAACCUAUAGAGGUACCUUCUUUAAGGUUAGAACUACCUCCACCAUCUCCACCACGUCCAAGGGAGCAAAGGAAAGACCAAGAAAGAAGAACCCCUCGGAGUGAAAAUCACGAAACACCAGGCACCAGUAGCAGCCGCCCAGGUCCUCCUCGUAGUACUGUACCAUCUGAUUUUGAAGUUUGUACAAAAUUCAAACCUAUUGUGUGGACAAGGGAAGACAUAGAGGAAAAUAAUGUUUAUACAACUUCUUUUACUGGUACACAUUCAGGGGAAAUAUAUGUUGGCAAGCUGUAUACAAAUAAGACUGAAUUGAAAAAUGUGGUUGGAAGGUUUGCAUUGAAAAUGAAUUUUGAGUUCAUGGUGAAGAAGUCUGGGACCGAUGUUUUUUAUGCAACUUGCAGGGGUUCAGAUUGCAAAUGGAGAGUGAGGGGGAGGAAGAGGGCACGUUGUGACAUGUUUGAGGUUACUGUAUUCCACAACGAACACACAUGUAGCCUGGAUUCUAGACAUGCUGAUAACCGUCAAGCAGCACCGUGGGUUGUUGGCCACCUCAUUAAGAACAAGUUCAAAUCAGAUGGAACUAAGUACAAAGCUAAAGACAUACAAAGGGAUAUGUUUCAGGAGUAUGGGAUCAAGAUGAGCUAUGAGAAGGCUUGGAGGUGCCGAGAGAAGGGACUUAUGUAUUCGAGGGGUACGCCAGCAGCAGCUUAUAGUCAGUUACCUGGUUACUUUUACGUGCUGGAACAGAAGAAUCCAGGUACUAUUACAGACAUUAUCACAGAGGAUAACAAGUUCAAGUACUGUUUCUGGUCACUGACUGCUUGUAGGAGGGGAUUUAAGUUUUGUCGUCCUGUGAUUAGUAUCGACGACACGUUCUUGAAGACAAGGUUUGGGGGCACAAUGCUAGUUGCUGUAGCGUACGAUGCAAAUAACCAACUGUUUCCGAUUGCCUUUGCAAUUGUUGACAGCGAGAAUCAUGACUCUUGGAAGUAUUUCUUGCAGAAGUUAAAGGAAGCGAUUGGGGAGGUUGAAAACUUAGUGUUUGUAUCGGAUAGGCAUCAAAGCAUUGAACAUGCUGUCGAGGUUAUUUUCCCCGAAGCAUGCCACUGUGCAUGCUACAAACAUAUUUCUAUGAAUGUCACCCACAAGUUCAAGACUGAUGUAUGUAACACGCAAAUAUGGCUGGCCGCUUAUGCAUGGUCGAAGAGGGAAUGUGAUAGACAUUUGCAGGUGCUCCGACAGAUGGAUCCUCCCAUCGCUGCUUAUGUUGACAAUAUAGGAUUAGAAAAAUGGGCUUGUCCUUAUUGUCUAGGAGACAGGUACAACAUCAUGACAAACAACGCUGCAGAAAGCCUUAACAACGUGACUGAAGAAUUCCGGGCAUAUCUAAUAACUACUCAAGUUGAGUUCAUAAGGUUCACACUACAAAAUUGGUUUGCUAACCGUCUCGAGAAGGCAAGUAAGUGUGUUACCCCUUUGACAACUCAUUUUGAGGAAGAUUUGAUAAAGCAACACGAGGAUGGUAGACGUAGAAGUGUCCUACGUAACGGUGCACAAUUGUUUAAUGUUGGAAGAGGUGCUGACGGUUCUGACUUUGAAAAAGGCGGAGAUGUGAACUUAGUUGAGAGAACAUGCACUUGCGGCAUGUUCCAAUUGUUGAAAAUUCCUUGUCCCCAUGCAUGUGCCGCAGCGCUUACUCAGAAUGUCAGUGUCUACGCUCUGUCAUCCCCCUAUUACACAAAGGAGACGUGGAAGAAUACUUACGAUGCAACAAUUAAUGUUGUGGGCGAGGAGGAUGAAUGGGUGCUUCCAGAACACAUGCAGAACAUGAGAAUCGGUGUACCAGUGGAGAAGAAACCUGUAGGUCGUCCAAGAAAGAGCAAUGCAGGAAGACUACGGACUAACCGAUUUCCAUCGAACGGUCAAAAAGUCAAGGAACCACGCAAAUGUUCAAACUGUGGCGCAUUGGGACACAACAAAGCUACUUGCAAGGCCAGGGUUUGA